CAGCUCUCCCACUCCCAGUCUACAAUAUCUGCAAAAUGAAGACUUUUGUGUUGUUCACUCUUCUGGCUUUGGUGGCGGCUGACAGAGCACCAAGCGCUUCCUAUGGAGCACCGGCACCAUCUCUUGGCCAUGGGAAACCUCCAGUAGCUAUCAUCCGCGACGACCGAGUGCACCCUGACGCAGAGGGACUCUAUUCCUUUACCGUGGAGACCGAGGACGGAAUUCGUAGGCAGGAGUCUGGUGGUGUCGGUGGCAGUCAGCAGGGCUCUGUCAGUUUCACUCAUCCCGACGGACAAGUGUUCGAACUGAAAUUCGUCGCUGACGAAGGCGGCUACCAGCCCCAGUCCUCCGCCCUGCCAGUGGCUCCUGUAUUCCCCCACCCAAUCCCUCAGUUCGUGCUGGACCAGAUCGCCUUCGCUGCUAAGGAAGACGCUGAACGCGCCCGAGGUGAAGUCAGGAGUCCAUCCCCAAGCUACGGUGCUCCCUCCAAGUAAUUACUUGACAGACCAACCAUUUCUACAGUCAUAGAUACGGUUCGUUGGCGAUUCCGGCGGACGUAGUGAAACAUAAUCGAGUCUUUACACUCGUAUGACUCCAUCUUCAUCCCACCAGCUAGGCUUUCAACUCGAUAAUUGUGAUGUAGCUUUUGUGUUCCUAGUGUAUUUAUUUGGUAUUUAAUUUAUUAUGUAAUGAUCUGUAUAUACAUUUAUGCAUAUACAGUAUUAGAUACUAUAUUUAUAUCUUGUCAUACAUGCUAUAGUGCCAUACAUGCUACAGAGUCCUACAUACUAUAGUGUUAUUUAUAUGUGUUAUAAAGUCAUACAUGCUAUAGUCAUACAUGUUUAAGUGUCAUACAUGCAAUAAUGGAUGGCGCUGCAAUAUUAUGCCAGAAUAACUUCACUUUAAAUAAAUAAAGUGAUAAGUUUAUUUUAUC